AUGAAAAAAUGCUAGUUAUAAAUGCAUCGAAUCGACUCUCUCCUAACCACCAAAGUUUAACUUCAUAGGCUCUGCGUUGGCUUCUGAUACUUCCGUUUGGCUGCUCGAAGCGUACGUGAGAGACUUCCAUCAUCGGUGUCUAACCUUCAAGAUGGUCGAAAUUCCUCUGUCAAUUUUCUUCUUCCGAACCUGGGUCUUUAAUUCGGUGGCGCUAGCAAAUCGAUAGUGGUGGUUCGUGGCGCGAAAAUUCAAUGCAAAUCGAAGAUGUUUAUUUUUAGUAUAUAAAGCCAUGAAAGCCAAUGAGGGGCAUGUCAGUUAGCUCAUAGCUUUUCAUUUACACAGUGUGAAACACUUUUUUCUAAGCUUUACAAUGAGUUUGCUUAAAGUUGCAGUUUUCGCCGCACUAGCUCUAUGUGCUAGCGCUGAGCCUAAACCAAAUCCAGGAGUCCUAGCUAGACCAGUAGCCUACUCAGCUCCUUUGGUACGAUCUCCAUACUACGCUAGAGCUUAUGCUGCUCCUGUUGCAUACACUGCUUACGCCGCUCGUGCCGCUCCAGUUUACGCUGCCCGUGCUGCUCCAGUAUAUGCUGCUCGCGCUGCACCAGUAGUUGCUGCACGUGCUGCUCCAGUAGUUGCUGCACGUGCUGCUCCAGUAGUUGCUGCACGUGCUGCUCCAGUUGUAGCUGCUCGUGCUGCUCCAGUUGUUGCUGCUCGUGCUGCUCCAGUUGUCGCUGCUCCAGUUGCCGCUCCACUUGUUGCCGCUUACACCGCUCCAGUUGCUGCUGCUUACACCGCUCCAGUUGCAGCUGCUUACACCGCUCCAGUUGCCGCUGCCUACACUGCUCCAGUUGUUGCCAAAACCUUUGCUCCAGUCGCUGCCGCUUACACCGCUCCAGUUGCCGCUGCCUAUGCCGCACCAGUUGCUGCUGCCUAUGCCGCACCAGUUGUAGCUGCCGCUGCUCCAGUUGUUGCUGCCCGUGCCGCUCCAGUUGUUGCCGCAGCUGCUCCGGCUCCAGUCUUUGCUGCUCGUGCCGCCCCAGUGGUUGCCGCUGCUGCUCCAGUAGUUGCCGCUGCUGCUACUCCAAUUGUUGCUGCCCGUGCCGCUCCAGUUGCCGCUGUUCCAGUGCAAGCUGAAAUCACCGACUCGUACCCACAAUACCAGUACGCCUACAACGUUCAGGAUACUCUGACCGGUGAUUCCAAGACUCAGGAGGAAACCCGUGACGGCGAUGUUGUCAAGGGAUCUUACUCCCUGAUCGAACCCGAUGGCAGCCGUCGUAUCGUCAACUACUACGCUGACCCAAUCAACGGAUUCAACGCCGUUGUGCAGAAGGAUAUUCCAGUUGCCGUUGCCACCCCAGCCGUCGCCGCCAAGGUCGUCGUUUAAGCAGAUAGCAAGUCUCCGUUCUAGCGAGGAUCAGGAUCUGUCUGAAUAUGCUGUGUAUAUAGGACCAACUCCCGUGUGUAAAUAGUCAGUAGAACUCUAAUGUGAUCAUCAUAGCGCAACUUUAAGCAAUCACUCAUCUGUACAUAAUUUCCACUGUUGAAAACAUUGUUGCUAAAAGACAUGCACAUAGUGCUGCUUUGUUUAGAAUAAUAAAUUCAUAAUGAAAACGCUUAUAUUAUAAAA